GCGCCAGCUGUUCCACCCGUUAGCGGGCCACACAGCGCGAGCUCCGGUACUGUUCCUCGUCUUCGGCGCGCGUCUACCAGCUCUACGAGCGGGUCUUGAGUCCGAUCCCAGGCGUGGAAAGAAAUCGUCGAAGACAGGCGCUGUCACAAGUCCCCGCCCCAGUAUGAACAUCGCCGUUAUGAAAGAAACCCCCCAGCGACGGAGUGUUCACAGGCGUGCAACCCACAGCUACGGCGGCUCAACUGGGAUGCCUUCUGCGUGUAUGUGGCAUGAGCGCGUAGCCUCGUCACCGUCUCGUCUUCCAACUCCCGCAAGAAAGACGGCUCGUCGGAGGACGACCACCAUGGCUUUGUUCUUCCCCCUCGCCACUGUGCUAUCGCAUGUUCGUGCUGUUUUAGGCCUCCCGCGAACGUCAUCUGCAACCAAUGGGGCAAAGGUGUACUAUGUCAGCGAUUACGAAGAGAUCCUCACCCAUGAAACCGCUCUGCACCUUCGUAGCGGUGCCGCGACGCCCGGGUUGCUCUUCUUCAUCCCACUCACUGAUAAUCAUUAUGUCUUUUUCGGGGUGACACGCCACACUGUGUACGACCAGCUGGUCAUAGCUCUUUCGCACACCGUGAAGGUUUCACUGAACGAGCCGGAGUUGACCAUAUGCUGGGUUAAUAAUGCGCAGGCGUGCUGCACAAAGCGAAGAUGCCCACUGCCGCGAGUUUUUGGUCGCUCGCGGGGCGCUGCUUCAGCGAGAACGACAAGGAUGCUCGCCCACAGAGCAACAAGCCCUUCUGGCGCACGUUCUGCAAUGCCUGCGUCGUGCUCCUUCUGUGUUCCACGACUGGCUACCUGUUAUGGGUUGUGGCGGGCUAUUUCCUUUGAAAUCGUCGUAGCAUAUAUGUCCUUGCCUGUACGGAUCUUCAAGUCCAUCUCUUGUAACUGUUCUCUAUCCGAUCACUGAAUGUGCAUAUGAGUUGCGAGCACUGGCAGAGGUAAUAUUAUGAUGACACCACAUCUCGAAAUUGGAGUCAUGCGAGCCGUUGUAAAUCGCAACGAACAUAAAAUGCUAUCAUGAAGAUAUUCACA